GGGCGCCGUCGCUAUUACCUUUUAUUUUCUUAUCCCCUUCCUCCCUGCCCUCUCGCACCAGGACCACCCACACAAACCCCGACCCUCCACUCCUCCCUCCUCCUUCACCUCCUCCAUCCCAAAGCCGACGCCAAAAGAAAGAGCGGUGACGUCGAGAGUAAGAGGGCAGAGCCUCAGUCUCAGGCGGCGGCGCUAGGAUCUCGGCGAAGGCGCCCCAUCUACAGCGGCGGCGCAAGCAUGUCCGACGACGAGCAGCAGCAGGCGCCCGGCGGCAGAGGAAGAGACCGAGGGCGGCGAGGGCGUCGUGGCGGCGGCGGUGACGGCGGCGGCGGCGAACGCUACAGGAAUCCUAGGCUUAUCGAUCCUUGUUCGAUGAGACCACCACCUGCGACAAUCGAUACUGCUCCGAUGGAUCCGGAACUUCUUUGGGGGCAUGGUCACCAUCGGAUUGACGCAGUUUGGACAAAU